GGAACCAACAUCAGGAACACACGUCGGAGUCGGACCUAUUUUGGAACGUACACAGUGGACAUGCGCAGUUGACACAUCAACGAGAAGCUGUUUAUAAACUACAGCGCGUAUUUGUGCCAGAGACUCUGUUAGCUUCCUCCGCGCAGCAGCGGGACCAUGUUUACCUCCCAGACUUCGUCCUUCCAGGAGUCCAUCGACGUGGAGGAGAGAGAUGACUUCGACAGCGAGGACAUCUCCGGGUACAGCCAGAAGACUCAGCUCAACUGCUACUACACCAUCUACCUCUAUCAGGGCACGAGAUCUGAGGCUUCUGGGGAAAAUGUGGCUUGGAACCAGAGACGAGCAGACUCCACAACCAGUCAGGAGGACUUUAGCCUGACGCUGAUCGACAGCAGCCUGCCAUCGGAGGCGGAGCCCGAGCUGCGGACCUACAUCUCAAGGAGGCUGAGUAAAGGAGCGCUGCUCGGAGGCAUGGGAAACAUCGCCACUGUGGAACUCAGUCUCCCAGAGGAGGCGGUCGGCUGCUACUGCUGCCUCCUGGAGCAGGAACGGUCUCCUGAGCAGCCUGAUGCUGAUGGUAAUGGAUAUGUUAUCUGUUUCAUGGGUGGCUCUGAAAAAGGACUGAACCUAUUUAGAUUAGAGCUUGAUAAAUAUGUCCAAGGCCUUCAUAGCAGCCUGCAAACACCAGAGCUGCAAAACUUGGAGACGGAGGUGCGUCCCUAUCUGAGCCGGUGGUACGAGGAGUCUGUUAUGCACAUUUACAGAGUGGUACAGCUGGUCCAGAGCAACAUCAGCUUCCUGUUGCACGCUGCUCUGAGUCACACACAUGUGGAGGUCGUCAAUUCGGACGAGAGGACGAAGGGUGACGUGUCCAGGUUCAUCAAAGCAGCCAGUUUACAGGGUCUGGCCCAACAAGACACCACAGCAGCUUCUCUGUGUAAGGCGAUCUCAGAGGAGCCACAGUGUGACCUGGUCAUAGACUGCUCCGCCAGCCCGCCCACACUCUUAAACACUGUCAGUAAUCGUUUCUGUGAUGACUGGAAUCAGGCAUUUCUAAACGCUGCAGAGCGUUGUAAUCCCUUCUUGCUCAGACAGAUUCUGGAGAACUUCAAGCUUAAGGCCAUCCAGGACAUGAACAGCCUGAAGCGCUUGGUGCGACAGGCAGAGAUGAGUCACUACGCCCUGUUCCGCUGCUGCCAGUUCCUGCAGGGCUGCGGGAAUGGGGAUGUGCUGCUGCAGAACGCCAGGGUGGAGCACAGCGACAUGCCCGAGGCCUGCAGCAUCAUCGCCGUCCUGGAGGAGUUUCUCAGGGAACAGUCCCAAGCCCAGGCCUGAUUCCAAUAUGACAGUUAACUCUAAGUACCUUUCCAGUUGGUGGUAAGACAGACUGCUCUACCAGCCACAAAGUAGAUAACUAAUUAUCAUUCUGAACACUACAUCCGAUUUUAAUUAUCAGAUUGCCAGAUAACAUUUGGAAAAGUUUUAUUCGCCAGCUGUCAUAAGACUGAAAACGUAAAUAUUAGUAAUAAAACAUCAGUUUCGUCUUCUUGCAGUACGGCUGCUUUUCAAAUGGAACAGUGGAGGUCAGAUCUGAAAUAUCUACAGUAAAACACUGACAACCUUCACUCAGAUGUUGUUUUUGUUUAUUGACUCAGUAGCAUCACAUACAAUCAAGGUACAUUCAUAGUUGAACUCAAAGGCAAAGUCCUCAGUGAAGGUGAAUUUAACGUUAAGACUAGAAUGGCACUCAGAGCACAUACUUAGUGGUUAUGGUAGAAAUCAGAAAGAAACAAAUAAGUGGUCUAAUAACCUGCAUUUAUUUCUGUAAAACAGUGGAAAAUUAAGAUCUGUGUAUUAUUCCCUGAGAAAUUAACUUUUUUUUUUAAAUGUUCAGUGUUGCCAUGUUAAAGAAAGUUAAAAAAAAAACAAUCCUGGAUUGGCCACUGAAUUCAUAUCAGCACGAACCAGGUCUCAUCCCUCACAGAGGUUGAUUCAAAUCGGUUCAGUGGUUUUUGUGUAAUCCUGCUGACAAAGAAACCAACACACAAACAAACUAGCAGACAUGGGUGAAAACAUAACCACAUUGGCUGACAUUUAUAAUUAGAUCACACUUUACAUCACAAUCUAUUUAUUUUUAAACCUAUUGUUAUGUGUUUGUGUGACAGAAUCAUGAACCAAAUAUCAUUACUAGUGUUUUGCUAACUGACAAUGAUCACAGCAAGGAAUUGAUCCAAACUAAAGCUUCUGCUCAUGGGGGCAGAUUUAUCCGUUAUUCCGUGUGCAAACAUUCUUUUCUAAUUUUCUUUAUAUUUUCUUUGAUUGUAUUGAUUCUCUUUUGUGAAGAAACAUAUUUAGGAAGCACAAAUCACUUUUAUGCAUUGCUUUUUCCAUAGGCCUUGUUUUUGCUUUUUCCUUUCAACCCAGUACUUGCACUACUAUAUUAUUUCUGUCUAAUGGCAACUGCUACUAUAUGUAUGUGAUAUUAGACAUCUGUGUAAUUCCUCUCUGGAAAUGAAGUGUUGUAGAUUUCGUGUAAUCUUUGGACAUAACUUGUAAAUUAGAAGAAAUUAUUUCCUUCACCAGCUCAUGAGUUUGUGAGAAGACAUCAGGCACUAUGUGACGAGUCACUCACUACAUGUACUAAACAUGUGUUUUCAAAGUUUAUUAUUACUCACAGAAAAAAACGAUACGAAUUACGAUAAAUCAAAGUCCUCACGAUAAUAUCUGCAUGCCUAGACUUUAUUUUCCUUAUUGUGAACCUGCAACAUGACGUGCUAUAUGUUUAUUCCAUUUAAACCAUGAAGGGUUAAACUCAACCCAUUCCCAUUCAAACCAGUCCAAAGUGAGAAGUACAGCAAUAUUAAUGUCGGUGGUGUUUACUUUAAACUGUGAAGCAGGUGACAUGUACAUUUUCCUGUUGUGAACAAUGGUGCUGCUGACCCACAGUGAGUAUAUGUAGACGUUUCUGUACAGUGUGUUCUCUGUAGUUAUAAAUGACAUGUACUUCUCUGCUUCUAUAAUCAGAGAUGAAAUAAAAACCACAGUGCAACCUC